AUUAGAGCGACUCAUUAAUUGGACACAGUGCUCUUUUUUACUUUGAAUUUUGAACUAAGCAAUAUGUUGCUCGGUUGGCCGUUCGAGCACUAAGAAGAAGAAAAGGAGAGGGAAAAAAAAAAAGAGCAUUACCCGCACCCCCUUUACAAAAAAAAAAUCUCCGCGGUUCGUGCAUUGGUUGGGAGGGGACGACAUGGAUUAAGCGGACCAAGGCCCCAUUUUCCCAUGGCACUGCCGCCAUUAAAGAUAGUAAAGGUGCCCCUUGCCCAGGUCCUGCAAAGCCCAUCAUGAUGGCCAUCGGUUCAUCCGUUUUUCUUGCUGUCACUUACAUUCUUUCUCUUCACUCCACCAUAAGGUACACAGCUCAUUCGUUGUUACGUUGUACUUUGUCUUCACGGUGUCUCUCUUUUGACCGGCAAUCACUUUCCAUUCGUUUGUCAUUUGACUAUAGUUGCGCACCCGCAAGCGGAGCAGAGCUCAUUUGUUUCCUGGUUCACCCCCGGUUGGAUGUCCUAUUUUUACUCAUAUUCGUAACCUUCAGCCUUCGAAACACCUGCAAGCAUCAUCGACCCACGUAUUCAGCGCCAAAAACGACAGUCAUCGACGGUCCAACAAAGAGAUCGUAGCAAAAUUUGCUGUAUUCACAAGACUCACGUUGAGGCUGUACCUUGAUUCCCGUUGUUAUCUGGUUUAUUUUUGAUCGUCAGGACGAUUUUCAUCUUUUUGUUUAAAUAUUUCGUCUCCCAAGCUUGAAGCGAGCCAGUCGCUUCCUGUCUUCUCUCGCAAUGGUUCAGUUCUUGAAGUCAGUUCACGUAGCAGCCAUGGCAAUCAGCGCGGUGCCAAAGGAUUUGAAGAUCUCGGAGUCUGCUUCGGUUCAGGCUGUUGCUAAGACCAUCGCGGCGGACACCAUGUCAUAUUACAAGGGCUCAGCAACGAAUUAUGUUGAUCUUGAGUCUCCUUAUUGGUGGUGGCAAGCCGGUGCCUUGUUUGGUGCCAUGAGCGAUUACAGCCACUACACAGGGGACAAGAGCUAUGACCAAACCAUUGCAACCGCUCUGCUUGCGCAAACCGGAACCAAUUAUGACUUCAUGAACAAAGCGCAUGAGGGGCAGAUGGGCAAUGAUGAUCUCGGAUUCUGGGGCUUUGCCGUCAUGUCGGCAGCCGAGCGUAACCUCCCGCAACCACCAUCAAGCGUUCCCUCGUGGCUGAAGAUGAGUGAAAACAUACAUGCGUCACUGGCGAGCAGGUGGGAUAAUUCUACUUGCGGAGGUGGUCUUUUGUGGCAGAUAUUUGCCAGCAACCCGAACGGUCUCAACUACAAGAACAGCGUCAGCAAUGGAGCUUUCUUCCAACUGUCUGCCCGCCUGGCUCGCGCCACCGGCAAUCAGAGUUACGCGGACUGGGCCAACAAGAUCUUCGACUGGUCGACGGGCGUCGGCUUCAUAGACCAGAACUUCCACGUGUUUGACGGCGCCGACAAGCGAGAGGACUGCAAAAAGGUCAACAACGUGUCCUUCACCUACACCAACGGCAUCUACAUGUACGGCGCCGCCGUCAUGGCCAACCUUACGAGCGACUCCAAGUGGGUCGACCGCACCAGCAAGUUUGUCGAAGCCAGCAAGGCCUACUUUGGCCCGACCUCUUCCACCCCCGACAUCCUGUACGAGCCGGCGUGCGAGCCCGGCGGCACCUGCAACGUCGACAUGAAGUCGCACAAGGGCCAGUUGGCGCGCUUCAUGUGGGCCUCGACCCUGAUGCAACCCGUCAUCCGCUCCGCCGUCGAGACGCUCCUGCUCCCGUCCGCCCAGGCCGCCGCCUCGACGUGCACUGGUGGCACCAACAGCACCCAGUGCAGCCACAGGUGGUGGACCGGCGCCUAUGACAACGACACGGGCCUGGGCCAGGAGAUGUGCGCCCUCGAGACCAUUCAGGGCGUGCUGUCCAGCGCGGCCGCCCCUCCCCUCCGCGGAGACGACAUCAAGGACGUCAGAGAAGGGAGCUCUGCGCCCAAGAGGCUUGCAAGGGAUGAACGCCGCCUGGUGGUUCGCCUUUCUUGAAAGAAAAAAGAAAAGAAAAGGAAACAAAAAAAAAAAUAAAAAAACAAAAAUCUCGAGCGAGUGCAUUAACGGAUAUUUCUGGUGACAUUCGUGACAUUUUAGACGGUAUGAAUCGACUGUCAUAACCAUUUUCGUUUCACCUUCUUCAUUACAUUACAUUCUUGACAUCCCACGGCUGGAUCUGCCGCGGGCUAUUCUUUAGGGCACUGUGUUAUUAUUAUUAUUAUUAUUAUUUUCAUGGAUACACAAUACUGGAUAUUUGUUGGUGGCGUCGCUUUGCUGUUGAAAAAGAAAUAACCGAAACAACCCAAAUGAAUGGCAUAGCACUCAGUAGAGACAUCUGACUUCUCACCAAUUGGACAGCUCAGAACCUGGUCGUGACCACACUUGCUACGCUCAAUCUCUUGUGGUCUCUUGUGAUUAUGGACCUGAUGCAAAAACUAUCCCAGCCUCAACACCUGGGCAGAUUACCGUAUGUCCCAAGAGAAAUCGGGUUGUAAGUGAGCAUGGGUUUUCAGUAGGCCCCGGGUGGUGAAAUUUGCAAUCCCAAUAGGUUGCCGGUGUGGGAAAAUAAAAAUAAAAACGCCAACCUAUGUGCACAAUACCAUACAAUCAAUAGACCCUAAAAAAGAAUAAAACUCUGGUCCAUCCAGAGUCAAAAUCAUCCAACCCAGACCAAACCUGCUUGUGUAAUCUAAGAAUUAUAGGGGAGCAACA